CAACUACGAAUAUUCAUUCUCGCUCACCCGACGCGUCGUGCUCUCGCUCAUCAGCUAGCCAUGACGUCUUCAAGCACCCCUGUGAAGCUCUCGGACACCGCCGAGAUGCUUCUCAUUUCGCCGAUCAUAGUUACUCCAAAUGGCCAGCCUGCUUCGACUCCCUCCCCUAACAGGAAACGCAAAAUCACGCCAUCCAGCGAAGAAUCAUCUGCGAAAAGAAUCGCGGUCAUUACCAGUCCCCCUAGGGAACACAGGGCGGAUACUGUUCAGCGGUCAAGCGUCCCGAAUCCUCUUGGAUGGCCAACAUCUGCCCCUCAAGCUCGUAUUGGCAAGUAUAAGCCUCGACACAUCCCACUCAUUAAGCGGAAUAACGCUGAUGGUUUUAUUGUCUUAGAUGAACGACAAACAUUUUUUACGAAUCCACGGUUGCAACGCAAGUUAUCAUCCCCCGAACAAGCUCCCCCACCACCACUGCAACAUAUUAUCCUCCCCUUCGACCUCCGAGAAAACCCAGAUGCAUUUUAUAAUGAAGAAAAUAGAAAUAUCUUAUCUAGCAUCUUUCCGGAAACUCACGGUUUAGCCAUGGAUAGCAUGUUUCUUAUCUUCCUUCAAACCAAAGUGCCCCCCAAGCCCUGGCCAAGAACAAUAGCGGGAGUUCCAGUCUGUUUCGCACCAGAAAUAGGUCCCCAGUAUAUACCCCGGCCAAUUGGAAUUCCUGCUUACGUGAAGAACCCGUCGAUUUCUAAAGAUCUAAAUGGUCGAGCCAUGCAGGACUGGGAGCCUCUUUUUGUCAGCAUCAAGACUUACUUUCAGGAACAAGGCAUUUCGAUCACCGAGGUCAUGUACUUGAAAAGUUAUGUCGUCAUCGUACUUGAACAUCGCAAUACUGACCCCACGAAGCUGCUAAGUCAGGCUGCAAACAUUAGGUGUUUUUACUACUAUGACGAUGAGAUAGGACGACCUGCAAGUCUUCGAGCUUGCCGCCUCACGGACCCAACCCCAACUAACCCCGAUAAUAAUGAGUACAGUACUCUUCAACCUGGGCUCAGGGUAACAUCGGACUACUUGCCAAGCAAGCCAGGCACGUUUCUGUCAACAACAGCCGGGGUUCUCGUGAGGGAUGCUGUUGGGAACGAGUUCAUGACGGUCGCGCCUCAUGGUUUCCCGGACGAAUGCGGUCUCAUAGUCAACCAUCCACUUCCUAGCGGGCGCGAUAUCGGUGAACUGAUUAGGGAAGUCGCACAUACAGAUGUCGCCCUUGUAAAAUUGCGGGAGACUGAAAAGUUUUCUAAUGUUACAUUCCAGAAUUCUAUAUUAGAGUCUAUUCAGCUUAAACGCUUAGCCAGCGCCAAGGGUCCCCCAGAAGAAAAUACUAUCUAUUUAGACUCACCCGACACGGGCUGUGUAUUGGGUAGCUUGUUGAUGACUUCAUUUCAACGAGUCCCUAUUGACGAUUCUUUUCAGCCAAACCAGCAAUGGGUAUUUACAAUUUGGAACUAUAUGGGGCAGGACAUAUCAAGCACCCUCCCAGAAAGGAUAUGUGGAAGUGCUAUCUGGAAUGGGGAUGGGGACGUCCUUGGUUUUUUUAGAUAUGCCCCAAAAGCUGGGGUAAUGAAGGAUUGGUGUGCUGGGAUUGCGGCAGAUGAGCUUAUCAACAAAGGGUACACACUUGUUGAUACGACAGGCAGGCAGGAAUUGCUAAAGCAAGAAUGA